GCGCUCCUCCGCUCCAGCAGGGGGCGAGAGCUGCCGUCUCUGCCCCGCCGGGAGCCGCUCUCGCGCCGCGCUGCUUCCGGGCCGGGCCUCGGCCAUGGCGACGGGCGCCAAGAAGGCCGUGUACCCGCUGUUCCAGCUGGGCGGCCCGCAGCUGCGGAUCUUCCGGCCUAACUUCUUCAUGCUGGCGGUGCGGCCCGGCGUGCCGCAGCCCGAGGACACCGUCCAGUUCCGCGUCUCCAUGGAAAUGACAAAAGUGGAUAUCAAAAAUUACCUUGAAAAAAUAUACAAUGUGCCGGUAGCUGCUGUGAGGACCAGGAUACAGUAUGGUGCAAACAACAAGAGGAAUCACAGGAAUCAGAGAGUGAAGAAGCCGGAUUACAAGGUUGCCUAUGUACAGCUGGAGGAGUCUCUGCUUUGGUGGGCAAAUUCUCCCUCCUGGAUUGUCUGUUCUAGGUUUUUGUCUGUGAGCGAUCAGGGCCAAGGACAAACCUUUCAGUUUCCCAACCUAUUUCCAGAGAAAGAACAAGACACAGAAACUCGCUCUUUUGAUGACUUCAAGAAUAAAUAUAUGGAGAGAGAGAAGCAGAGGCAGAAAGGUGACCCCAGACGAGGUGGAGUCCCUGAUUGGUUUGGACUUUGAUGCAACAAGCCAGCUGCCUUUCUUUAGGCUCAGAGGGAUUUUGAUCAGCAGAACUUGUACUCUUCCCUUGUAAUGACUGAAUGUUUAUUCUUGAGCAGCCCUUGCUAGCGUGUCUUUUUUCCUGGCUUUUUGUGCACGACUACAACAAAAUGGCCCUAAAGAAAUAAAAAGGUAAAAUAAA